AUGGUGAGACCUCAAUCCAACAUUGAAAAUGGGUCUGGCAAUGAAGAUUUUAUUCCGACGACGAGCAAACGGCGGUUUAAAGGUGUUAGGAGGAGGAAAUGGGGAAAAUGGGUGGCCGAGGUCAGGCAACCGAAUAGCCGGGAUCGAAUUUGGUUAGGCUCUUACGACACUGCGGAAGAAGCUGCCAGAGCUUACGAUGCCGCCGCGUUUUGCUUACGUGGUCCGUCUACUAUGCUCAAUUUUCCGAAUGACCCGCCGGUGAUUCAAAUUCCAGGUGGAUUGUCAGCUCCGCAAAUUCAAGUCGAAGCAUCCAAGCACGCCCGAAGGGCAGUCGAUUCCGGUCAUGAUCACACAUCGUCUGCUCCUAAUUUUGAGGAUUUCGAAUUGAAGCCGCGGAUUAAUGGAGCUAAGCUGUUGGAAGAAUGCUCUGAAUUCGGUGGCGAGUUUUCAAGUCAAGGUAGUAGUUACUUGGGGGUGGUGGAUGAUAAUAGUAAAAUGAUGAAAUGUGAUGGUAGCAAAUGUGAUGGUGGCAAAGAUAAUGUAUCUAAUGAGGUUUAUGCUUUUGAUCAAACUCCUCCUAUCUUGUGGAGUUUUUAA